AUGCUUCCUCUUGGACUCCUCACAGCGGCGCAAGGCCACCCCAUGCUCGUCGAGCUCAAAAAUGGCGAAACCUUGAACGGACAUCUAGUCACAUGCGAUACAUGGAUGAACUUGACGCUGAAGGAGGUUGUGCAGACAAGUCCUGACGGUGACAAGUUCUUCAGAUUACCGGAAGUUUACGUCAAGGGCAACAACAUCAAAUACCUGCGGGUACCAGACGAGAUUAUCGACGUGGUAAAAGAACAGCAACAACGAGAUCAAGGCGGCGGAUACAGAGGCGGCAGGGGUGGACAGAGAGGUGAUUACGGAGGAAGAGGAGGCGACAGGGGACGUGGAGGACGAGGCGGAGGACGAGGGAGGGGUAGAGGAGGGAGGGGUAACUGA